AUGGAAACAAUUCCAAUGGCUGGCAAUCAUGCAAAGGCCCCUGUAGAGAGUGGGAUUCCCAGUUCGCGUCGCCCAUUUCCUUGCGAUGAAUGCCCGAAAAUGUUCACUAGAAAUGAAAAUCUGCGACGACACAAGCGCGCCCGCCAUCGCCGUGCCCAGAGCCAUGAUUUCAAAUGCGAUGGCUGUCAUGCUGUGUUUGCCCGAAGCGACGUAUUCAAACGGCACCGUGAUCGUUGCCCGGUAGAGGUAUCGAAUAAUCAUACAUCUCGACCGCAAACGAAUUUGCAGCAGAGCUAUCAGGCAACGGGCCCUACAACAGCGCUCUUAUCGACGACUGAGGCGCCGGCCGCGAGUCUAAGAUCUGGUGAUCAGUUCUGGGAGGCACACGGCUCCUUUGCUACUGACUUUCCGCGAGAAUUCCUAUUGCCAUCGCCGGUAAACCACCAUCACUUGGCUGAAAAUGUCAAGAACUAUUUUGAGCAUUUCCAUCCAUCUCUGCCUUUGUUACAUCGGCCCACAUUUACAGUAGCAUCAGCACCGAAGCUCUUGCUCGAUGCUGUGAGUCUGAUAGGUAGCUUAUAUUCGACCAUUCCAUGCAGCGAUGAAGAGGUCCAAGCUCGUGCGCAUUGGCGUAGGGAUGCGUGGCAAAGUGGACAGCUGGAGCUUCGGAAUAUGAUCCUCAACGAAUGCCGCGACAUACGGAAACCCUGGGUCAUGCAAACCUGGAUCCUUUACAUAAUAUACGGGGUCUAUGCAGGAGAAACAACUCAGUUCCAAACAGCACGAGCGAUGUUGCGGCAAAUUGUUGAUGCUAUACGCGAGGUCGGUCUCUCCCAUCAAGAGAUUGCCAUGCCUGAGUCACAAUCCUGGUUGUAUGACCUCGAUUAUCCCCGCGGAGAUGAAUCACAAACACUCUAUGCUCGAUGGACCUCCUACAUAACCGCUGAGUCCACGCGAGUGGCGCUCUAUACGCUAAUAUUCCUGGACUCACACGUGUUCGUCCCCUGCAAUUUUCGGCCAUUAAUGUCGUCCAUGGAACUUGGAUGGGAGCUUCCUUUUCCCACCAAACUCUGGGAGGCCAAAGACCCUGAAAUAUGGAUCCGGAGGUUCAACGAAUAUUUUGGGGUCUCUGGAUUUACAUUUACCAACGAUCUACUUCACCGGCCACGCGGGCUAGCGGCAGCGUCCUUGACGAUGGCGACGCAGCAGCUCAUGACCGAAGCUCCCGGGACCGAGAUAUCCUCCGUCCUCGAAGCAUCCCCACUGGCGGCAUUCUGCGUGCUAGCAAACCUGGAUACACUGGUGCGGGACUUCACAAGGUGUUACUACCAAAUGCCACCCAGCUAUUCUGACCCAAAUCCAUUUCACAUUUUGACUCAAAGUCAGACCAAGAGUGUUCAUAUGGCAAUACGCAACAUCGGGAAAAUUGUGAAAGACAUGGCUUCCACGAGUGACAGUCCGCAAUAUCUCCUAUGGCGAACAAAUGAGCUCUUUCUUGUUUCCCUACAGGUCAGUUUAUGCCGACCUGAUCAGCUGCUGAUUGGAGGCAUCGUCGACAAUAGCCUGAUUGCCGGCAUGGCUGCCUCGACCCAUCUGAUGAGAGGCAACUUUGUCGCAGUCCGACGAUCUGCGCCCUUGUUGGCACCUCGUCCGGGCGGCAAUGAAGGAGUGCUCGCUUUACUCAGUGAGCUUUCUGCGGCACUCGCCAGCAUUUAUGGCGUGAACUCGGAAAAGGUUGCCUAUGAAGCGCCUUGGGUCACAGUUACCAGCUAUGGGAUCCUUCUGUGUAUUUGGGGAGCGCUCAGGCGUGCCACUACCGAGAUUCGUGACCACUUGAAUACGUUCAACCAGCUCCCCCGGACAUCCGAGCCGUGCAUAUUGAUUUUCAACACACUCAUGGAGGCCACCCUGCUCUACUCUUCGACCACUAGACAUAAUCGGGAUAAUCGCGAUCCACGCUUGUGGUCUCCAGAUCGUGACGCCUUCUCUUCUCUAUUAAGGGAAGGCCAAUUGAUGUUUGCGGAUCUGGUCAAGGCUUUCUGUCGGCAGCGAUUUGUGUGGAGCAUUGGGCCGUCGAUGUUGGCUGUACUGCGAGAACUUCCUGACGACGCCAGUUGUGGCUCAGAGUAAAUGGAGCAUGUGGAGCUCCACUUGCCCAAUGCCUCUGGCCACCCCUUUCGCUCCAUGCCCCACUUGGGCAAUCUACGACUUCUGGCCCGGACCCAUUUAAGACUACUACAUGAGCUCAGUGCACAUACUGCAUACUCUUCUCAG